AUGUCUACACGCUUAAUAUAUUCUAAUGACUUGACUUCUUCCAAGACUCAUCGAUCUGCUUCCUCAGUCUGGUCAAAACUCACCAAUAUCUUCCACCGCCAUGAACAACGACGCGAUUCUUUGGACACCGUGUCCUCUAGAUCAUCCGAUUCAGCAGACAGCUCCUCUUCAUAUUCUGUUCCAGAAUACACGAGUACUCGUAAAAAGCGUCAAAGAAAGCAAUUAAAGGAAGAUGCCAAUCAAACCAGCACUACUGUGAUUGUGCCUCCUUAUAGUCCAACGUAUUGCAAACCAAACGAGUUUCCUUACUCUAAUUUCUAUGUUCAAUUACCUGACGGGACAUGGAUGGUUCGAUAUCGUACAGGAGAUCGUGAUAUAUUACGAACUGAUGCUAUAGAAAGUUACAUGAUAUAA